AUGUCUCCAAGUCAGAAACAUUCUAUUCUUCUUCUCCAACUUCUUUUUCUCCUCUUCCUUUCAAUGAAGAUAGCAUCAUCAGCAAGAACAGAGGCCAAAGCUCUGCUCAAAUGGAAGUGGAAGAACAACUUAUGUUCUUCUUCUCUUGAUUCAUGGUCCUCCACCACCAUCACCAAUUGCUGUAACUGGACCGGCAUUGUCUGCAAUGGUGCCGGAAGUGUUUCUGAGAUAAACCUCUCAAACUCAAAUCUCACCGGGACACUUGACCAGCUCAACUUCCCAUCACUACCAAAUCUGACCCUCUUGGAUCUCAGCUCCAACAAUCCCCAGGGUUCGAUUCCCUUCCGCAUUGGUAAUAUAUCCAAGCUCAUUGUAUUGAACCUUGGAAACAAUAGUUUCAGCGAUUUCAUCCCCUCGGAGAUAGGGCAGUUGUCGGCGCUACAUGUUCUUGACCUCAGCGGCAACAAUUUGGUCGGUCCAAUUCCUUAUCAGCUCAGCGAUCUUCAAAAUGUUAGGCACUUGAAUCUUGGAUCCAAUUACUUGGAAUCCCCUGUUUCAUCUAAGUUCAUUGGAAUUCCUCAUUUGACAUACCUAAGCUUAUUUCUCAAUUCACUUACAGAAUUCCCUUCUUUCAUUCUCCGCUGCGAAAAUCUGAUUUACCUUGAUCUCUCACUGAACAACCUGACGGGUCCUUUACCAAUCUCACUCGUAACCAGUUUACCCAAGAUUCAAUACCUCAAUCUUACUGAGAAUUUCUUAGAAGGAUCAUUACCUGCAAACCUGUCCAAGCUCACCAGUCUCAAAGAUCUACUUCUAGGGGUCAACAGAUUCGUCGGAGGUAUACCUGCUGAGAUUGGUUUGUUUCACAGUCUUCGUGUUCUCACAUUAAACAAUAAUUCACUGGGAGGACAUAUUCCUGCUUCUCUAGGCCAACUCAGUAUGCUUCAUUUACUUGAUCUCCAUGCUUCUGGACUGGAUUCUACUAUUCCUCCUGAGCUUGGCAAUUGCACUAACCUCUCCUUCCUAGACCUUUCAAUAAAUUCACUCACUGGGGUCUUACCUUCUUCCCUGUCAAAUUUGAAAAAGAUAUCUGCUUUAGGUAUGUCUAGUAACUUGCUUUCAGGAGAGAUUUCACCUUUCUUCAUUUACAGUUGGACUCAAUUAAUCUCCUUGCAACUUCAAAACAAUUCCUUCACUGGAAAGAUUCCUCCAGAGAUUGGCAGGUUGCAACAGCUCAAAUACCUCUUCCUCUUCAUUAAUCAGCUAACAGGGUCCAUCCCACCUGAGCUAGGAAACCUCAAAGGUUUAUUGGAGUUAGACCUCUCAAUGAAUGCAUUCACAGGUCCAAUACCUCCCACAUUGUGGAACCUAAAACAGCUUCAACUUCUAAAUCUUUUUUACAACAAUCUAACUGGUACAAUUCCACCGGAAAUUAGGAACCUGACAUCUCUAGUGGUGCUUGAUCUCAAUGACAAUCAACUGCAAGGGGAGUUGCCAAACACCAUAUCUCACCUUGAGAAUCUUCAGAUACUUUCCUUGUUUAACAACCAUUUCUCUGGUAUCAUCCCAAGGGAUUUGGGAAGUAGAAGUUCCUCUUUGGCUAAUUUUGGCAUUUCUAACAACAGCUUUUCUGGUGAGCUACCUCCAAGGUUAUGUAGUGGCUUCUCCCUUGAAAAAUUGACAGUUCAGUAUAACAAUUUUACUGGGCCACUGCCAGAUUGCUUACAGAAUUGUUCAGAACUAAUCAGAGUUCGUUUAGAAGGGAACAGAUUCACCGGGGACAUAUCAAAGGCAUUUGGAGUACACCCAAAUCUUGUUUACAUCAAUAUCAGUUGGAAUCAAUUCUCAGCUGAGAUUGGGAGUCUGAACCAAUUGCAUGACCUAAGCCUGUCUUCAAAUGAAUUGACUGGAGAUAUUCCAUCUGAAUUGGGGAAUUUAGAUUUGUUAUUCAAUCUCAACCUGAGCAACAAUCACUUAACAGGGAUGAUCCCCUACAAAAUUGGGAGUUUGAAUAAACUCCAACAUUUGGACUUCUCAGGAAAUGCAUUAACAGGCAAUAUUCCUGGGGUACUUGGAAUUUGCAUCAACCUAGUGAUGUUGAACUUAAGCAACAACAAGUUAUCUGGUGAAAUACCACUUGAGUUGGGCUAUUUAGUUGCAUUGCAGUCAUUCCUAGAUCUUAGCACAAAUUCACUAUCAGGAGGAAUCCCUCCAGACCUUGGGAAUCUGAACUCAUUGGAGAAUCUCAAUCUUUCCCAUAACAACCUCUCAGGCAGAAUUCCAACAGAAUUAUCCAGAAUGUCAAGUCUACCAUAUAUUGACCUUUCCUUCAACAAGUUGAGCGGCGAGGUACCAACCGGAGGCAUUUUCCAACAAGCACCUGAAGCGGCCUUCAUCGGAAAUGCAGGCUUAUGUGGAAAAGCAGAUGGGUUGCCACCUUGUAAUUCCAAUGUCAUCAGAAAAUCCAGAAAGUAUGGUAUAAAUGUACUUAUAGCUGCCAUUAUUCCUGUUUUUACCAUUUUUUUUUUAGGAACCAUCAUUACUGGACUCCUGAUCAUAAGAAGGAAACUAGAACAACCAUCUGAAGAUAUGGAAAGUUGCAAAGAGGAUGAGACACCUCUCACAUUGAUUUGGGAAAAUGAUGGGAGAUUCAAAUUCACUGAUGUUGUCCAUUGUACUGAGAUCGAUGAGAAGUAUUGCAUUGGGAAAGGAGGGUUUGGGAGUGUUUACAAAGCAGUGUUGCCAACAGGUCAGAUUGUCACCAUUAAACGACUAAAAUUUCCAGAUUCAGGUGAUAUCCCAGACACAAAUCGACAAAGUUUUGUGAAUGAAAUCCGCAACUUAAGAGAUGUAAGACACCGAAAUAUAAUUAAACUGAAUGGAUUUUGUUCAAUGGAGGGUUGCUUGUGUUUGGUGUAUGAUUAUGUAGAGAGGGGCAGUCUGGGAAAGAUUUUGUAUGGGAAGGAAGGUGUGGAGGAGCUGGACUGGUUGAAGAGAAUGAAGAUUAUCCAAGGGGUGGCCCAUGCAAUUGCUUAUUUGCACCAUGACUGUGUUCUGGCAAUGGUUCACCGGGAUAUAACUGUUAAUAAUAUUUUGCUUGGGUCAGGGUUUGAACCUCGGCUUUCUGACUUUGGAACAGCAAAGUUAGUGAGAUCUGAUUCAUCCAACUGGACGGACAUUGUAGGAUCUUACGGUUACAUGGCUCCAGAGGUUGCAUUGACAAUGAGGGUCACAGAAAAAUGUGACACUUAUAGCUUUGGGGUGUUGAUGGAUUUGUUGGACCAAAGGCUUCCUCCUCCCACAGGUCAAUUGGCAGAAGAUCUGGUUUUUAUAGUUAGAAUGGCCCUAUCAUGCAAAAGUGUUGAUCCUGAGUCACGACCUACCAUGUGUUUCAUGGCAAAAGAGCUAUCUAUUCACACUCAGGCAUAUCUGGACUAUUUAACAGAAUCACCCUGA